AUGUACGGCGCAACUUUCCUCUCUUCGGCUGCUUUCCUAGCCCUCUUCUCGGGCUCUGCAGCCUUCUCUGAUAGCUACACCUACUACACUGGUGAUGGCUCUAUUGCUGCUGGCUGGCCGACAAUCGCCAGCUGGGGCACCUGGGCUGAACUUUGGGAAGCCAAUUCCGCCAUUAUGGGGGAAACCUGCGGAUGGAACGGAUGGGGCGCGGACGACUCCACUACCGAGAUCGCGGACAUCAAAACUGCCAUUGAAAGUGUUGCCAGUGCCAGCGGUGUUGACGAACGGUUCAUUCUAGCGAUCGUGAUGCAGGAAAGCGAGGGAUGCGUCCGCGUGCCCACCACUAACAAUGGUGUCGUCAACCCGGGCCUCAUGCAGUCGCACGAUGGUACUGGCACUUGCGUUGACACUAACCCAUGCCCACAGUCCGAGAUCACUCAGAUGAUCGAGGACGGAACUGAGGGCACCUCUUCCGGUAAUGGUCUGGAGCAGUACAUUGCGGAGGUGCAGGCCUACCUCGACCUUGAUAUUGCGCCACGAGUCUACUAUUCCGCUGCGCGUCUCUACAACAGCGGCUCGAUCGACUACUCGAACUUGGAUGACGGUCUCGGUAGCACUGAUUGCUAUGCUUCAGACGUUGCCAACCGUCUGACUGGCUGGGUUCUCGCUUCUAACACUUGCACAGCAUAA